AUGGCUCUAGAUGAUACAAUAAAGCACGACGUGGGUACUGUCAAACCAAAGUCGAAAGCCGCGCGUUUCAACAUCCAUACACUGAAAAGACUGCAAGAAGCCAUUGAAAAGGACCCAGAAGUUGACCUCACUUCGAAACUUCCCAUGGAAUACUCCCGUCGAAUCGUCGAGAUGCGUAACCCUAUCCAAGAAGUAUUGACUCGACCUUCUGAUGAUGAUGAUAUACGCCAGUUUCUCCAACCUCCGGGUGUCGUAGAGGUUGUUCACCCUUUGGCCGAGCAAGUAGAAAAGCUCUUGACAGAUCAUUCUCAAAUUGAAAUGACAGAAAAGGAACUUCACCAUGCCUUGUCGACGCUGAUGUGGCGUUGUGAAAUCCUCUGGAAGAGCUCAUUCCCCCUCCACAAGAUGGUUUUCAAGUCCGGUCCAGACAUUGUUGUCAAGGCAGUACGAAAGCCUGAUGACUAUACCGAGUAUACAACACUACAGUACCUGGAAAAGAACAAACCGAGUGUUCCUGCACCAAGACCGCUUGGAUUAUUACGUACUAACAAUAUCUCUUUGAUUUUCAUGUCGUAUGUUCCAGAAAAGACACUGGGGGAUAUCUGGACACAGCUGAAUCUCGCUCAAAAGGCGUCAGUCCAAAAUCAGCUGAACCAGAUCCUUAUUGACCUAAGAUCAGUUACUCUUCCUGAUGAGAUGUGUCUAGGUGGCGUGGCAGGAGAGGGUUGUAAGCACGCGAAAAGACACCUUCGACGGAGUGAAACACCGAUCAGGAACGUAAACGAAUUUGAAAAGUUUCUGCUUCCUCCACCGAGUUUUCGCGGACAUGUCUUUGCCCACUUCCUCCGCCAGUUUUCUCCUCUUCGUCAGUCUUCUUCUUUGCCUGUAUCAUGCCAAUGA